AAUAGAGAGAGAGAGAGAGAGAGAGAGAGAGAGAGAGAGAGAGAGAGAGAGAGAGCGAGAGAGAGAGAGCAGAAAAAAAGACUAGUGAGAAAGGCAAAGUGAGAGAAUAGAACAAGUUAGCAAGAGACAGGCAGAGACGAGAACAUUGGUGGUAUUUUUAUUCUGACCACAGAAACCUGUUGACAUGCUUCCGUGAUGACAGCCCAUCUCUUGCUUCUGCACUCGGGUUCCUCAAAACUUGGGUAACUUUUCAGCUGAAGGGAACAAUGACAGACGGGCUGAUUGGAAGAGAUAAAAAGAGAGAGUGAGAGAAGGACACAGUGAAGAAGGAGAAAAGUUGAGAGACAGAGAGAGAGACAGAGAGAGACAGAAAGAGAGAGAGAGACAGAGAUUGUACAAGCCACCUGGGCCUUCAAAGCCAUGUAACAUGACAGAGGGCACUGCUUGGGGACGCGCUGCACUAUGGAACUCCAAGCUCAGCUCCUGAGGAGAUUCCUGGCCCAGUUUGCCAGCAAAGAGGUCACAUCGGCUCAUGAAGAUGGUGACUAUGCGGUUGAGUUCUUGAAACUGAAGAGGCAGUCCACUAAGUACCGCACAGACAAGACCUACUCCACCAAGGCUGCUGACAGGCAGGAGAAUGUUAAGAAGAACAGAUAUAAGGACAUUGUUCCAUUUGACCACAGCAGAGUGAAGCUUUCACUGAUCACCUCCAAAAAUGACACGGACUACAUCAAUGCCAAUUUCAUCCAGGGAGUUUGGGGGCCAACGGAGUAUAUUGCCACUCAAGGCCCACUGCCAAACACAGUUCUGGACUUCUGGAGGAUGCUUUGGGAAUACAACGUGCAGGUCAUCGUGAUGGCUUGCAGGGAAUUUGAAAUGGGAAGGAAAAAGUGUGAGCGAUACUGGCCUGAAACUAUGGUGGAUGUGUUUGUGUGCGAACCGUUUAAGAUAUACUGUGAAUCAGAAGAGAACAAGGGAGACUAUUUGAUAAGGAUCCUGAAGGUGACUUUUAAUAAUUCGUCUCGCACACUGAAGCAGCUGCACUAUAUGAACUGGCCUGAUCAUGGCGUACCAGACUCCAUCCCCCCCAUUCUGGAGAUGCUGCAGGACAUGCGUGUGUUCCAAGAGCAGGACGAUGUGCCCAUCUGCAUCCACUGCAGUGCGGGCUGUGGAAGGACAGGGGCUCUGUGUGUCAUUGACUACACUUGGAACCUACUGAAAAAACAAAUGAUACCAGAGAACUUCAGCAUCUAUAACCUGGUUCAGGAAAUGAGAACACAGAGGCCUUCCAUAGUUCAGACUAAGGAGCAGUAUGAACUGGUGUACAGAACAAUUCAAUUCCUGUUUGAGAAGCAUCUGCAGUUGAUGGAGUCAUACUCAAAGAAAAAGGAGGUUCUAGCUGCCCCUCCACCCAUCCCCGUAGACAGCGACAGUGAAGUUUCAGACUUCAGUGAGUUGGAGGAUGAGCCAGAACCUGUAGAAGAGAAUAGACUGCAUCCAUGCUAUGACCACAGGUGUCCUGAAAAGGAAGGUCCUACAGAAUUUUCCAACCAUGUUGCACCAAGUGCAGUCUCACAGCCACUGGCACCUCAUUUGCGACCUCCCAGUCCACUGGGCCCUAAACGCACACCCACAGAUGUGCUCAAUGGCAUGAAGAACUGGGCCAAGUCUAAAAUUUCCCCAAGACCUACUGCCACACCAAGUCAACUGCAGGUGACAGAUCUUGGAUAUCAACAAUUCCAGAUACCUAAACCUCCUCCAGUUCAGAUAACAAAUGUUGUAAAUCCCCAGACACUCAAACCUUUUACAUUUCAGGAAACAGAUCUUGGACACCAGAAAUCCCAAAUACUUGAACCUCCUCUUCUGUGGCAAACAGAUCUUGGAUACCAAAAGUCCCAGAUACUUGAACGUCCACCACUGCAGUCAACAGAUCUUGGAUUCCAAAAGUCCCAGCUAUUUGAACCCCCACCACUGCAGUCAACAGAUCUUGGAUACCGAAAGUCCCAGAUAUUUGAACCUCCACCACUGCAGCCAACAGAUCUUGGAUACCGAAAGUCCCAGAUAUUUGAACCUCCGCCACUGCAGCCAACAGAUCUUGGAUACCAAAAGUCCCAGAUACUCGAACGUCCACCACUGCAGUCAACAGAUCUUGGAUUCCAAAAGUCCCAGCUAUUUGAACCCCCACCACUGCAGUCAACAGUGCUUGGAUACCGAAAGUCAGACAUACUCGAACCUACUCCGCUGCAGCCAACAGAUCUUGGCCACCGAAAGGCCCAGAUACCUAAACCUCCUCGACCUCAGAAAACAGAUCUUGGAUGCCGAAAGUCCCAGUCACUCGAACCUCCUCCACUUCAGGAAAUGGAUCUUGUACACCGGAAAUCCCAGAUACUUGAACCUCCUCUUCUGCAGCAAACAGAUAUUGGAUACCAAAAGUCUUGGAUACUUGAUCCUUCACCAAUUCAGCAAACAGAACUUGGAUGCCUAAAGUCCCUGAUACCUAAACCUCCUCGACCUCUGAAAGCAGAUCCUGGCUGCCAUAAGCCCCAAAUACCUGAAACUGCUAUAACAAACCAAACCCAACAUACUGACUCUCUGAAAUCCAAUAAUCUCUUCAGACCAACACCAGUACAGGAGUCCAGCCCACAUCAGACGCAUCAGGCAGAAAUUAGCAAUGAGAGUGCGCUUCUCCAGGCUCCCUCUGUUUGUCUUACAGUGGAGGAUCCAUAUUUUGGCCUAGAUGCUCCUAUGUCCCCUGAGUCUACAGCGUGUACAGAAGCAGUACCCCUCUGCACGGAGAACUCUUGUUUCACUGGCCCCACUUUGGUUCUUAAAACUCUGAGUAUUGAACUGCCAAUGCAGGCCAAAAGUACAGUUGUGACUACACCUGUGUCUGAUGACGACAGUCCUCCUCCUCUACCUGAGAGAACCCCAGAAUCCUACAUUUUGGCUGGCGAAGAACCUCCACAAAAUCUCAUUCCUACUCUUCAGUGCACAACUGAUUCGUCUGUGUUGAAUGCCACAGAUAUGGGCGAUAAGGAUGAGACAGGUGAUGCGGCUGACACAAGCAAUAUGGGCUAUAUGAGUGUUGACCAGAGCUUGACAUUGGUCAUCCCACCCAAUAAUUUUUCAAUCAGUGGAGGAGGAAGCCCUCCUUCUCCUACACCGCCUUUGCCAGAAAGAACUCCAGAGUCUUUUGAAAUGGCUAAUGAUGAAGAUUUAUUACGGAACGCGGUACAAGAAAAGCCCCAGGAAACUGUGCUCAGGGUCGGGAAAUCCUCUGAAUGGUCUGGGAAUUCAAACUUAGAUGUGCCAGACUUUAAGAGGUCCUGGUCCAGGAGCAAGAGUGUAAGAGCUAGACUGUCACUUAAUGUUCCAGUUAACAUCCAGUCCUUUACUCCAUUUCACAUACCUUCAGAAGAACCUCCAAAGAUUCUCACUCCUCCUCUCCUUGAACACACACCUGAUCCUUUUCGGAUAGAUGCUUCAGAGAUGCUGGCUCCUGAUACUCCUCCACUCCCCAGAAGAACCCCAGAAUCUUACAUCGUAGUCACAGAAGAAGCUCAAAGCAACAGCGCUCCCUGUCAGUCUGAAACAGUUCAGCAACGACAGAGAUUGGGUACCUCGUCUGAGUGGGCAGGAAACUCCCAGCCCAGUACAUUCCAAGAGCUGAUGGCCAGAAGCAAGAGCGUUAAAGUGAAAAGUUCAAAACAAGAGUGUUUAUCUGUGGUUCCUCAGCCUAAUCCUGAUGUUGGGGCUACGGCAGAGUCUGUAUUAUCUAGAGCGGAGGACCAGACACCAGUGGACAGGAGACCUCCUGUAGUGGAGCAGCCUGAGAAGACAUCAAUACCCAAAAAGUGCAGAACCAAGAGUUUGAAGUUGUGGAAAGGAAAACAGAAAAUGAAAGAAGCUCCUGUGUCUGGUUCUGUUCCUCCAAACCAAGGUGCUGCUGCAGGAUUCAUAUUUAGUUUUGGAACCCGUUUUGGGAAACCCAAAGGACCGAGGAGUCAGCCAGAAACAUGGGUGUAAAUGAAACAGGAAGUGCAUCACCGUGGUCAGUGGGUGUAGUGAUGGAGGAACUACCCUCCUACAUCAGGUUCCCAUUCGAAGAAAAAAUGACUGAUAUACAAGAAGACAAACAAGAGAAGGAGAUACCGUAAUGAAUGAAGCUCAGUGGCUUUAAAUGUUAAUUAAAUUGGCAUUUUGGUCAAUAACAUGAACUUUACUACAUAGUGUUUUUUUUGGGCUCAGGUGAAAUCCCACAAAGUAUUGCAACAGAUAAUGUCAAAAACUAUGUACCAUAGUGGGUAGAGAAUAUCCUUAAUGCAUCUAAGACAUAUUACAGAUGGUCAGCCUCUGAAAUAUACUUCACAUGGUGGAAGUUGGACAUUUUCUACUAUAAAUAGUACUGAACGCUGAACUACAGGCUUCAAACAGGCUUAUUUCAAACUGCUCUCAAUGACAUGUAACAUUGUCGGUUUCCUUCAAAAGUGAAAAGGGAGGAAAUUCUCACAUUUGCAUCAUUUGAGUUGUUUCAGUAGUUACCACAAGUUAAGUACUUUGUGGAAAUGAAAUCAAUCUUGAGAAUCUUAACUUGUAGCCUCAAAAUAUAUACAUUUGUGGCUACACCUUAUUAAAAAAUAACCACAGACAACAUAGCAACUUAGAAGUUAGGGGUUUUUUUUUAUUGCAGUUGUUUCAAAUACCCGUUUUUCUGUCUCGUUCUUUUUAUAUCUAUAUGGUACUGCUUUGUUAAAAAAAAAAAAAAAAAAAAAAAAAAAAAAAAUUUAAAUUAAUGAGUGAUUUUAGCUUUACUACUGAUAGAUCCUCUUCUGUUAGACAAUCAGGAUCAGCCAAAGGACUGCUGCAUUGUAUGCAUUGGAACAUGUAUGCUACUGUUUUGUCUGUCAUUUGCACUGUAACUUCAGCUCUUAUUUAAUUUUAACUAUAACCUUUCUGUGUAUAUAUAUGCGACAGGGUUGUAUCAGUGUGGACUGUCUCAGUGACUGCUAGCUUGUAGGGCAAAAUCAGACGGUGGUACGAGCUGGAAAGACAAACUUCCAGCUGAUGUCUGUAUAAGCAUACACUUGAUUGGUGUUUUAUUUGAUUCAUUCUGUGUGUAAAUAGCAGAGUUCUCUUUUCGACAUGUAUAAGAAAAUUAGAGGUGGAAUGGUAUGAAUAAUUUAAACAAAUAAUUUAAUGCAGCAGGAGCGCAAGUGUUAAAUUAUUAUAUUAUUUACAAUGUACAAAUACAGUUUUGUCUGUCCUUUAAAAAAAAUAUAAGAUGAGAUGUGCCUUGA